UUAACCACCAUUGUGAGUACGCAAGCCGGGUACCAGAUGAAACCAAAUGAAGAGUAUUGGAGAUCAGCCAGAAAAUCCUCAGAACAUAAUCAUAAUUUUCAGGCAAAAAGAACAAACAUCAAAUGCAGGAAUGAAGGCUUUAAAAUACCAAGCUUGCACCCAAACAGGUACUUCCAAUGUAAAAGAUUUAUGAGCGAUUUAUAUUUAGAAUACCGCCGAUGUAGAAAAAGUACAAACACUUUUUAUGAAACAGAGCAAAGAUGUAUGCCAACAAUAGGAGGGGGUACUGUAACGUGUGUAAUACCUAAAAAGAAAUGCCCAAACAAUAUACAAGGCGCAGUACCAUUUCCAAACUCCAUAAAACCAAGACACUAUCUAGUCUGCUUACCAAGUUCGAUUCACAUCUGUAAAUGUGGCACCAAUCAAAUAUUUGAUAUGUAUAUAAAAGAAUGCAGGGAGCUAUAUCACCCAACUUAUAUAGGUAACGAUACUUCAGGUGGUAAGGUACAACCAAUAAUUUGCCAAAAAAGGGGAAUAAAUCAAAUAACAUACAUACAAAGUCCAACAUUAAAGAGGUGUGAAUUGUACUGCGAAAUAAUACAUUCAAAAAAUUACCCUCCAGAUUAUUACUAUGUGCUACACAUCGUUUGUAUAGGAACUGACCCAUCCACAAGUGAACAUAACAUGAUAUCAAUAACUACAAACGGUGACCGUACCGACAGUGUAGAAAACACAACAACGAGAUCGGUCUACACGACAACAGAAAGUUCAAAUUACACACACGACUAUCCACAAACGCCAGGAACCACAGGGGAUGAAACAUCAAAAUACAUCCACUCGAUCACGGACGAAACUGAAAAAACAAGAAGUGUGGCAUACAGUCAUACCACACCGAGUCGCACGACUGAAGAAAAAACAUCGAGGUACACUCACGUCAAUCCCCAUACCCAAGGAACCGUAGUAGAAGAAACAUCGCAAUACACCCACACGAUCACGGACAAAAUUGAAGAAACGGAAAGUUCUAAAAGCAGCACAUCGAGUAGGGCGUACAGUCAUACCCCACAAGGUCCCACGACUGAAGUAGGCAGUUCGAGGUACACUCAUGCGUAUUCCCAUACCCAAGGAACUGCAGUGGAAGAAACAUCAAAAUACGCCCACUCCACAACGGCAAAAACUGAAGAAACGGAAGCAACGGAGACAGAAGAAACCGAAAUUACUACAAGCAGCACAUCGCGUAGGGCGUACAGUCAUACCAGACCGAGUCGCACGACUGAAGAACGCAGUUCGAGGUACACUCACGCGUAUCCCCAUACCCAAGGAACUGCAGUGGAAGAAACAUCAAAAAACGCCCACUCCAUAACGGCAAAAACUGAAGAAACGGAAGCAACCGAUACAGAAGAAACCGAAAUUACUACAAGCAGCACAUCGAGUAGGGCGUACAGUCAUACCAGACCGAGUCGCACGACUGAAGAACGCAGUUCGAGGUACACUCACGCGUAUCCCCAUACCGAAGGAACUGCAGAGGAAGAAACAUCAAAAUACGCCCACUCCACAACGGCAAAAACUGAAGAAACGGAAGCAACGGAUACAGAAGAAACCGAAAUUACUACAAGCAGCACAUCGAGUAGGGCGUACAGUCAUACCAGACCGAGUCGCACGACUGAAGAACGCAGUUCGAGGUACACUCACGCGUAUCCCCAUACCGAAGGAACUGCAGAGGAAGAAACAUCAAAAUACGCCCACUCCACAACGGCAAAAACUGAAGAAACGGAAGCAACGGAUACAGAAGAAACCGAAAUUACUACAAGCAGCACAUCGAGUAGGGCGUACAGCCAUACCAGACCGAGUCGCACGACUGAAGAACGCAGUUCGAGGUACACUCACGCGUAUCCCCAUACCCAAGGAACUGCAGUGGAAGAAACAUCAAAAAACGCCCACUCCAUAACGGCAAAAACUGAAGAAACGGAAGCAACCGAUACAGAAGAAACCGAAAUUACUACAAGCAGCACAUCGAGUAGGGCGUACAGUCAUACCAGACCGAGUCGCACGACUGAAGAACGCAGUUCGAGGUACACUCACGCGUAUCCCCAUACCGAAGGAACUGCAGAGGAAGAAACAUCAAAAUACGCCCACUCCACAACGGCAAAAACUGAAGAAACGGAAGCAACCGAUACAGAAGAAACCGAAAUUACUACAAGCAGCACAUCGAGUAGGGCGUACAGUCAUACCAGACCGAGUCGCACGACUGAAGAACGCAGUUCGAGGUACACUCACGCGUAUCCCCAUACCCAAGGAACUGCAGAGGAAGAAACAUCAAAAUACGCCCACUCCAUAACGGCAAAAACUGAAGAAACGGAAGCAACGGAUACAGAAGAAACCGAAAUUACUACAAGCAGCACAUCGAGUAGGGCGUACAGUCAUACCAGACCGAGUCGCACGACUGAAGAAGGCAGUUCGAGGUACACUCACGCGUAUCCCCAUACCGAAGGAACUGCAGAGGAAGAAACAUCAAAAUACGCCCACUCCACAACGGCAAAAACUGAAGAAACGGAAGCAACGGAUACAGAAGAAACCGAAAUUACUACAAGCAGCACAUCGAGUAGGGCGUACAGUCAUACCAGACCGAGUCGCACGACUGAAGCAAGUACUUCGAAGUAUACUCAGUAUCCGCGUUCACAUGGAACCACCGCCAGAGAGACAACGAAAUACAUUCACUCGACUACGAUAUUGACUGACGGAACGGACGUAUCAGAAGAUGAAACCAGUACAUCGAAUACUGAUACCACGUUAACAGAAACACUUUGGACAGAAUUAACAGAACGUACCUCCUAUACAGAAUAUGAAACUACCUUUACCUCCUCUGAAACAACAGCAGAUACACAAACCACAAUCUAUAUAGAUAUGACUUCAACAGAAGUAUCAUCUUCUGAAUCUGGAGAGACAUCAAGUACUAUUGAAACUAGUAGUACACCGUCUACGUCUAAUACAGAAUCAACUGUAGAGACAAGAAGUACAAUAUGCGGUAAUACCGAGAGCUCCUCCACGGAAACAUACUCCACGGGAGGUACAUCAACUACAAUGCGUACAGAUACCAGUUAUAUUUCCACCAUACCUUCUACAGAACUAACGGACGAUACAUCAGUUGUAAUGUCCACGGGGCUCGAAAAGACCACCGACACUUCGAAUACGGACAUUACAGAGGAGAGCAGUAGUCGAAUUUCCGCGUCUAGUACUUCAAAAUACACCCACUCGGGGACUCCAGGAGACCACACAGGAGGAUAUUCCCGAAGUACGAAAAUGUCUGACACCAGCGGUUCAAGAUAUACCCAUCUGACAUCAGAGAGUGAGGAGACCAUCGACACUUCGAAUACGGACAUUACAGAGGAGAGCAGGAGCCGAAUUUCCGCGUCUAGUACUUCUAAAUACACCCACUCGGGGACUCCAGGAAACCACACAGGGGGAUAUUCCCGUAGUACGAAAAUGUCUGACACCAGCGGUUCAAGAUAUACCCAUCUGACAUCAGAGAGUGAGGAGACCACCGACACUUCGAAUACGGACAUUACAGAGGAGAGCAGUAAAGGAGUAUCUACGUCUAGUGCUUCCAAAUACACUCACCCGGCGACUCCAAGUGACCACACAGGGGGACAUUCCCGUAGUACGAAAAUGUCUGACACCAGCGGUUCAAGAUAUACCCAUCUGACAUCAGAGAGUGAGGAGACCACCGACACUUCGAAUACGGACAUUACAGAGGAGAGCAGUAGCCGAAUUUCCGCGUUUAGUACUUCUAAAUACACCCACUCGGGGACUCCAGGAGACCACACAGAGGGAUAUUCCCGAAGUACGAAAAUGUCUGACACCAGCGGUUCAAGAUAUACCCAUCUGACAUCAGAGAGUGAGGAGACCAUCGACACUUCGAAUACGGACAUUACAGAGGAGAGCAGUAGUCGAAUUUCCGUGUUUAGUACUUCAAAAUACACCCACUCGGGGACUCCAGGAGACCACACAGGGGGAUAUUCCCGUAGUACGAAAAUGUCUGACACCAGCGGUUCAAGAUAUACCCAUCUGACAUCAGAGAGUGAGGAGACCCCCGACACUUCGAAUACGGACAUUACAGAGGGGAGCAGUAGUCGAAUUUCCGCGUCUAGUACUUCAAAAUACACCCACUCGGGGACUCCAGGAGACCACACAGGGGGAUAUUCCCGAAGUACGAAAAUGUCUGACACCAGCGGUCAAGAUAUACCCAUCUGACAUCAGAGAGUGAGGAGACCACCGACACUUCGAAUACGGACAUUACAGAGGAGAGCAGUAGCCGAAUUUCCGCGUUUAGUACUUCUAAAUACACCCACUCGGGGACUCCAGGAGACCACACAGAGGGAUAUUCCCGAAGUACGAAAA